AUGGCCCAAUUCUCGAGGCUUCGCGUCCCUGACGCCUCCUCGAGAGCCGGCGAAACGUCGCCAUCGUUCGCCCAAUCAACAGCCGAAUUCGACCCGGACAGCGAUCUCGAGCUCGACGGUGCGGAAGGGGAUUUGCAAUUCCGUGAGGCAGAGCUCGGUGGAGGCCAGGCCUAUGAGCUCAAGAGCUUGGUAAAUCCAGCAGGAAAAAAGGACGACGGAGGCGAAGACGACUUAUUUUCUUCACGGAGGCGGAUGAGCAACAGCACCGUUUCGAGCUUUCAACUAUACACCCCCGACGAGGAAUGCGCAGUUGUUCGCAAAUUCGAUAGACGGUUGGUUCUGUUCGUGGCGCUUCUGUUCAUGCUGAGCUUUCUGGAUCGGUCAAAUAUCGGCAACGCGCGCAUCGCAGGUAUGGAUGAGGAUCUUCAAUCGCAUCCACCUUGGGAUGGCUGGUACGAAUGGACGCUGACAGCCUUCUACAUCGCGUACAUCGCCUUCGAAUGGAUGUCGUUGUUGUGGAAGCUUAUUCCGGCACACAUCUACGUCUCCAUAAUUGUCUUAUCGUGGGGCUUGACCGCUGCGCUCCAGUCAGUCGCCGUGUCCUAUCCAAUGCUCAUCUGUCUUCGUGUUCUACUGGGAAUUGGAGAGGCAGGGUUCACUGGGAUUCCGUUCUAUUUGUCCUUCUUUUUCAAGAGGGAGGAACUUGCGUUCCGUACUGCUAUCUUCAUAUCAGCUGCGCCGCUAGCGACAACCUUUGCGUCUUCACUGGCCUGGCUGAUCAUCAGUUUCGCCGAAUAUGGCCCAAUCGCUCCGUGGCGCCUACUUUUUCUAGUCGAGGGGUUCCCCUCCGUCCUUGUAGCUGUAGCUGCCUGGCACAUUAUCCCGGACACUCCGGAGACGGCACCAUAUCUCACGGCACGAGAACGCAAAGUGGCACGACUCCGCCUUCGACAUCAGAAACCGCAUCGGACGCGUAGCGAAAAGAAGGACCCUGGUCUGAAGCUUCGCGAAGUGGUCGUCAUCCUCUGCGAUCCAAUGGCCUGGUUGACGGCUGCAAUGUUCUUUCUAACAAACAUGGCGUAUUCUUCCCUGCCCGUGUUCCUGCCCAAGAUUCUGCACGAGAUGGGUCACUCUCGCUUGGAAUCACAGGGGCUUAGUGCACCUCCUUAUUUUCUGGCCUUCCUCUUUGUUUUGCUGACGGCACACUUGUCCGACCGAUUUCAGAUACGAUCGGGCCCAAUAAUCUUCCACGCUCUCGCAUCGGCGGCUGGAUAUGCCGCCUUAGCAUUGUCAGAGCCAUUCGGCCUGCCUCCGCCGCUGCGCUACCUGGCUGUGUAUCCCGCCGCGAUAGGAUUCUUCAACGUGGUGACACUCACCAUUACAUGGAGCAUCAAUAACCAGCCCUCCGAAAGUAGGCAAGGGGGUGGAUUCGCCUUUAUGCAAUUCAUUGGGCAAUGUGGACCACUCGUGGGGACGAGGUUGUAUCCGGAUCGAGAUGCACCCUUCUAUAUGCCUGGCAUGCGGACCUGCGCAUGCGCGAUGCUCGCUGUAGCUGUUCUUGCGCUCAUCCUAAGAUUUUACCUCGGCUACUUGAACCGAAAGAUAGACGCAUCAACCACAGACAGCGUUGAUGCCGAAGAAGAACAAGGCCUCGUCGAUUCUGCUGGGCGUUCAAAGACAUCGGAAAAUCCAGACGCUAAGCACUUCCUCUCGAUCCCAUGGGCCGCGGCGCAUAUCGAUGCGCCGGGGACGGUCCGCGAGACGGCGUCGUCGCGGUUCCCGAAGCAGGACACCGAAGACGAGCUCUUUUCGACAACGCUGCACACCGACAAGACCAUCGCGGCGUUCCUGACGCUGUACAAGCGGCCAUCCGCUGCUUAUGGGGAGAACAUGAUUCGCGAGGUCAAGGCAUUGCUGACCCUGCGGCACGGGGUCAAUGGGUACCCCAACGUCUCUCACGGGGGUAUCGUGGCUACGAUUCUGGACGAGGUCAUCGGGCUGGUGUUCCCGGUAAACAAGAUCAACGGACUGAUCCCAGAUGGGGCGUACAUGACGGCGUAUCUCAACACGCAGUACGUCAGGCCCGUUCAGACGCCGCAGACCAUCUUGGUGGUGGCUACGGUGAAAAAGGUCGAAGGGCGCAAGUACUGGAUCGAGGGCGUGAUUGAGGACAAGGACGGCCAGGUCUUGGCCAAGGCGGAGUCAUUGUAUGUCAAGGUUAAGGAAAAGCUGUGA